AUGGAUGGACUGAUCAGGAUAGAGAGACAAAAGUUUCCUUUCACUAUUGAAAACAUACUGAGCAAUUAUCCCAACACAAAUGGAGACAGACAGUCAUGUGGAGCAAGUGGUGCUGGACUAAAAGAGGAAGCAUUGAGUCCUGUCCGAGGCCAGACAGAGGCGGUUCAUCAUACCUGCCUGUGCUGCUGCUACUGCUCCCACUGUGGAGACAUUUACCAGACUGAUUUCAUUCAUGAAGCCUGUCAGUACGGAUGGUCCCCAGCGAUGCUCACAGACCCAUGCAGGCUAGGAGAUGCUCACAGGGAGGAGCAGUACCCCGGUCAGGUGCAGAGGAGGACCAGACGCCAUCGCACUAUUUUCACAGAGGAGCAGCUGGAUGCACUGGAGGAGCUUUUCCUGCAGAACCAGUAUCCAGAUGUGACCACAAGAGAGAAACUAGCACAGCACACUCACUUAAGGGAAGAAAGAGUAGAGGUGGAUAACAGGUAUCAGCGUGAAACUCUGGGUAUUGCUUGGUAG